AUGGCUUACUCCCCCGGCUCGUCUUCCUCCACUGCCUCGUCGCUCGACGACACCUUCCAUCUCCACCAGCAGCGUAUCAGCAAGAAGGCCGACCAGGAGAACAUGGCCUCCCCCAUCAUCUUCACCCUCACAAGCGCAGACCAUCUUUUUCCUCAGCGCACACUCACACCUCCCUCGAGCGGGCUGCCUAUCAUAAUCGGAAGGGCUGCUGACCCCGACAAGCAGGCCAAGUUCAAGACUUCUGCCCCUUAUCAAGCUGCACCCGAUAAUGCAAAGUUCCACUGCCCCGUGAUGAGCAGGACUCAUGCCCAACUCACCUGGAUCGAUCACCGACCUUAUCUUCAAGACACUGGAUCCACCCAUGGUACAUGGUAUCAACCCAACCGAGUCUUCGUUGCUGACUCGAAGGGCCGCAAGAUUCGCGCCGGCUCGCAUGCGGCCUGGGAAAAGAUCCCUAAAUCACUACCUUUACAGGAAGGUAUGAGCAUCCGAUUCGGCAGGGCGAUCACCAAUCCAUCCAACGGUACUCGUCACACUCCAUUAGAAGUCAAGGUUCGAUUCCACAGACCAUCCGAGCCGUUCAAACCGGGUACCUACGGCUUAAAGGAUUCGCACAUCAACUCAUCCGAUGACAGCGGUGACGAGGAUCGAUCGCACAAGACUGACGAUGAUGCUGUCGAUGGUGCUAGAUUGACGACCGCCUCCAAAAACCAAUCUCCUGAACGACUUCCCGGACCUCCUGGCUCAAAGUCUGACCUGAUCAGCGUUGCCCGCAAUGCCAACCCUCCCGAUUCGAGUUUAACUGUUGGACACGCCGCUCCGGAAACCGUCGAUCGAUUUUUAUCUAGCAAUUCGCCCUGCAACUCGACGCGAUCCUCAGACAAGAAUCCUUCUCCACUUUUGGAUAGGUCUCUAAUCAAGCGUCCCAAUGUCAAACUAUUGACUCUCGCGGUCCAGCAACCAGACGCAUGCCCCAAGCAGCUUUCUUCUGUUGCCUCCCGCGUCGCUAAGCCAACUGAAGAGGCCGCUAAUAGCCAAGACAAGGCGGCGAAUGAGGAAGAGCCGGGCGAGCUCAGUGAUGGACUCGAAGAAGAGAAUGGCGAAUUCGACUUGCAGUGCACUUAUGGUGCGAGAGAAGCACCAAGUCACAUCGAAGAAGAGCACAGCGAUGUCGACCAACAGCACAGCGCUGUCGAGCAAGAGCACAGCGCUGUCGACCAAGAGCACAGCAGUGCCGAAGAGGAUGACAGCAACGACGAAGAAGAACAGAGUGAAAUCGAAGAGGAAGAUAGUGGGAUCGCAGAUGAUUCAGUUGAACUUCAAGCUGCGCAAGACGGAGAAGCUGCUCCUCUAGCUUCUGUUCAUCAAGAACGUGAUGUUGAUCCAAAUGGACGACAAACUCGGAACCAAAACGAAGUAUCUCAACCUGGCGCACAAGAAGCCAGUGAGGUGAGCAUGGAAAACAGUCAAGAGAGCGUCAACGACGACUCAGUGUCUUCCUCAGCCUCUAGCCAAGAAGCAUCUCCGCCGAAGAUCUCCUCAGUCGUAGACUCUGUCCAAAAGAAACACGUCUCGAAGUCGUUCAAGGAUCUCUCGGUUGUGACUACCAUUACCAGCCAAACUAAAUUCACAGAGUCAUUAAACCGAUUACCUGAGAGCCUCGCCAAAACUGUCCAGUCUCCGAAAUUCAAACGCUUACAUAAAUCUAGUGGCGAGCAAGAGACCGCAAAGAAUCGCUCUGCUCUUACCGGGAACUCGAAUCCAAGCGAUGCUCGAGUGGCUCCUGUAGAAGUUGUUGACGGGCCAUCGCCUGUCCAAGCUAAAAGAAAGAGACCAGCCGAGUUUGACGAAGAAGAGUCCGGGAAUCUGUCGGCCAAGGCGCCCGUCAGUUCCCGAAAAGCGAGCAAACGUGCACCAGGGAGCGUCUGUCAACACUGCGCUCACGAAGUCCAUCCGGCCAAGAAGCCCAAGCUGUCCAGCAAGCUUGUCUCGGCCGCCCAAUCCCUCGCCAUCUUCGCCCUCGGUGGUGUCGCUACUGUCGCUGGCAUCCUCGCGUUUGAAAACGUCAUUGAAUAG